AUGGCAGAACAACAUUCGAUUAGCUCUGCUGUGUUUGGUCUUCAAGAAACAUUACGCGACCUUCAACAAAAACUACCUUGUCUCUCUAACACAUCGACACAAAAACAAUCCAAUGGUACAUCUAUGUACAUGCAUGAUGAAUUACAUGCUUUAGGCACAGUGAAUCUCGACAAGGUGCGUCAAGAAUUUACUCAACAUGUCAACAGUAUUCGAAAUAUAUGCUCUCAAUUUGAGACUGAGGUCUUGGGUGAUGUCAUGAAGAUGGGUGCAGGUGCUGAUCCUGCUUUUCGCAAACACUUUACCCAUCUAAAAGAACAAGCAACACUCGAGAGCACCGUCAUGCGCGUCAAAGAUACAUUAAAGCACACAAAAGCAUUUUUUGAAGACUCCAUCAAAGAAAAAGAAGAAUCGAGAUCUAAAAUCGAAACACAACGGUUAGAGAAGAUUGCUCAAUCGAUGGGAUUAGUGACAUUUAUAGACUCUUCGCAGAAAAUAGAAUCAGGAGCUUCUAUCACAACCAUCACCCUGGGUGGUACUGUGAUUGUGAUUGAUAUUGACAUUGAUGAUACUGGACGUGUAUUGAAAGCUAAAGUGACCUAUGUAUCAGAGACACUACAGAAUGACCAGGAUGAUAGAGUGGAUACUAUGUUUGCCGAGAGUCUACAGAGCAGACAAUACGAUCUGUUUAAGCGUAAUUUGGCUAGCUUGGCCCUGUUGGAUCAAUUGAAUGUCAAAUAUAGCUCUGUUGAUUUCUUUCUUAUCAUGAAGAACCUGUUCCAUGAUCUAAAGACAAUUUAUAGUCAAGAAAUUGCCAUGGUAUCAGACGAGUCUCGCGUGCUCUUGGAAGGACAUGGCAUGCCUAUGCAACAUUUAGACUAUCCUGACAAAGAAACCAUCAAAUCAAACACGCUAGAGAAUCGCAAUACAUCGCGCCUCUUAUUGUCCUUUGAAGACUCUGUUCAGCCCAUGUAUUAUUUGCCUCCUUCUCAAUCAAGUUACUUGGCUGGAUAUGAAGAAGCCAUAGGAGAGCAUUUUAAAGCAGUGACAGAGACCAUGACACCUUCUUUUAUGUCUCCCUUCAGGUUUAUUCAGCCACUGUCUACACAUCCAGAAGUACAAGCAGUGCCUAUAAGAUUUGUGGCUACAUUAGAUUCUCCUUUAGCUGUAUCAGACCAAGUAUGUCAGAAACUAAUGACAGUAGCAGGUUUAUCCAAUGGAGAACUUGUGUCUGAUGUUAGUUUGGAUACCUGUACGCUAUCAUUAGAAGAAAUGCUUCUCAAAGACGGCCAUGACAAAAAUAAGCUUACUCAAAACAAUUGGGUCACAGUAAGUACCAUAUGA